AUGGUUCAUGCUGAUGCGGCAGCGUUGCCGUCGUACGUGCAGAGCAAGGCCGACUUUUACGACCACCUCGAGUCGUCCCUUCUCGGGCUUGUUGAUGCGUCGACAGACUGGGUUUCGUCAUUAUCCAAUGCGGCCUCUUUGAUCUAUGCUUCGAUGAACCGGUUCCAUGCGUGGGAGGCCAAGCGUGUCAACUGGGCCGGCUUCUACUUGCUCUCGCCGCUGAUGCCGUCCGAGCUCGCAGCACGCCGCCCGCGCAAGCAACCCACACUUCUGCUGGGGCCGUUUAACGGCCUACCUGCGUGUCAGCUCAUCCACUCGGUGCCGGGUCGUGGGGUGUGCGCAGAUGCCUCCGCCCUCCUGCCUCCUCGCGUGGUCAGGGUAGAUGAUACAGAGGCCUAUCCGGGGCAUAUCGCCUGCGACUCGCUCAGCAGGUCCGAAAUCGUCGUGCCCCUCGUCAUCCACCGAUCCCGCCUCGCGACCCAACACCGCCAGGCGCUGGAAGAACAGUCACCAACUAGCGGCGAGACACAGAUUCAAGACGACAAGUCCUGGGCCGGAAGAGGCACCGUCGACAGUGUCAUCAUCGGCGUGCUCGACAUCGACUGCGAGUCGCUCAACGGCUUCGACGCAGAGGACGAAGUGAGGCUCAACAAGAUCGCCCAGCUCCUUGUGGAGCGCUCCGCCUGGUAA